AAUGUGAGAAUCCUCAUCGCAGUGUCUGUUGAUAUUUUAUUGGAUCAUCACGGAUUUAUUUUUAUUUGACUAACACACUCGUCAAGGGAGUGCGCGUGUAAUCAACUACAACAAUAGCCGGCAGUAGAGUGUUUUCAGAGAAAGAAGAGGAGAGGGAUUGGGGAAAGGGGGGAGGGUUGGCAUUUUUCCUCCCAGCGGAAGGAGACGGAUCGAGAAGCAGCGUGUUGUUGCGCUCAGGCACCAGAAUGAGAGCUUUGGAAUCGUAGCGCCACCGAGCCUGAACCAGUGAAGAAUGGAGCCGAGAAUUAUUAUAGUUACAUUGUAACCGGCCCAAACGUUAAUAUCGUAACAAUCCUUUAAAUCCGAACGUGGAAAAGGACAGACAUGCAACCCCUACGCUGAAGAGGAGCGGCAGGGGCAACAAAAAGGGGGAAAGAUGGGCGCCGUGCUACGGAGUCUGUUGUUGUGUAGUUUUUGUUUGCUAAUACGGGGAGUGCCCCUCCUCCUGUAUGCCAACCGGCGGGAUCUGCGGCUGGUGGACGCGUCACAGGCUAGAGCCAAUGCCACGGUGGUGGUCAGCGGGCUGGAGGAUGCGGCCGCAGUGGAUUACGUCUACAGCCAGGGCCUGAUUUACUGGAGCGACGUCAGCGAGGAAGCCAUCAAGCGCACGGUCUACAACCACUCCGGGGGUCCCAAUGGCCUCCAGGUCACUGUGGUCUCGGGCCUGGCCUCUCCCGACGGCCUGGCCUGUGACUGGUUAGGGAAGAAGCUGUAUUGGACGGACUCGGAAACGAAUCGGAUAGAGGUGGCGGAGCUGGACGGCACCCUACGGAAAGUGCUCUUCUGGCAAGACCUGGAUCAGCCCAGGGCCAUCGCCGUGGAUCCAGAGAGAGGGUACAUGUACUGGACGGACUGGGGUGAGAUCCCGAAGAUCGAGCGGGCUGGGAUGGAUGGCACGAGUCGACAGAUGAUCAUCGACAGUGACAUCUACUGGCCUAACGGACUGACCCUCGACUACGACGAGAAGAAGCUCUACUGGGCCGACGCCAAGUUCAACUUCAUCCACCGGACCAACCUUGAUGGCACCUUGAGGGAGGUUGUCGUUGGAGGUGAGCUGCCGCACCCCUUUGCGCUGACGCUGUAUGAGCGCACGCUGUUCUGGACCGACUGGACGACGCAUUCGGUGCACUCCUGCAACAAACAAACGGGAGACGACCGCCGGGAGAUCCACUCCAACAUUUUCUCCCCCAUGGACAUCCAUGUCUUCAGCCAAAAGAGACAACCAACAGUCGUGCCAACCCACUGCUCGGUGAAGAAUGGAGGUUGCUCCCACCUGUGUCUGCUCUCUCCCAACGAGCCCUUCUACCAGUGUGCCUGUCCCACCGGGGUCCAGCUGCUGGGCAACAACAAGACAUGCCGAGACGGUGCCACUCAGCUCCUCCUCCUGGCACGACGCACCGACCUGCGACAAAUCUCCUUGGACACGCCAGACUUCACCGACAUCAUCAUGCCCGCAGAGGACAUUCGGCAUGCCAUCGCCAUCGACUACGACCCCAUCGAGGGCUACGUGUACUGGACGGACGACGAGGUGCGCGCCAUCCGACGCUCCUACCUAGACGGCAGCGACGCCCAGGUGGUGGUCACCUCGCAGGUUAGCCACCCCGACGGCAUCGCCGUGGACUGGGUCGCCCGCAACCUGUACUGGACCGACACGGGUACCGACCGGAUCGAGGUGACCCGACUGAACGGCACCAUGCGCAAGAUUCUGAUCUCUGAAGACCUGGACGAGCCGAGAGCCAUUGUGCUGGAUCCAGUGGCAGGGUACAUGUACUGGACCGACUGGGGCGAGAUCCCAAAGAUCGAGCGGGCAGCCCUUGACGGCACGGACCGGGUGGUGAUGGUCAACACCUCCUUGGGCUGGCCCAACGGCCUGGCGCUGGACUAUGACGAGAAGAAGAUCUACUGGGGCGACGCCAAGACGGACAAGAUUGAGGUGAUGAAUAUGGACGGCAGCUCGCGGCGGAUCCUGGUGGAGGACAAGCUGCCGCACAUCUUCGGCUUCACGCUGCUGGGCGACUGGAUCUACUGGACGGACUGGCAGCGGCGCAGCAUUGAGCGCGUGCACAAGCACACGGCCGACCGCAAGACCAUCAUCGACCAGCUGCCUGACCUCAUGGGCCUCAAGGCCACCUAUGUGCACGAGACCUUCGGUACGAAUGCGUGCGCCGACAACAAUGGCGGCUGCAGCCACCUGUGCCUGUACCGUCCGCAGGGCGUGGCGUGCGCCUGCCCCAUCGGCCUGGAGCUGAUCGCCGACAUGAGCACGUGCAUCGUGCCCGAGGCCUUCCUGCUCUUCUCACGGCACACCGACAUCCGCCGCAUCUCCCUGGAAACCAACAACAACAACGUGGCCAUCCCGAUCACCGGCGUCAAGGAAGCCUCGGCGCUCGACUUCGACGUCACCGACAACCGCAUCUACUGGACCGACAUUACGCUAAAGACCAUCAGCCGGGCGUUCAUGAACGGCAGCUCCCUGGAACACGUGGUGGAGUUCGGGCUGGAUUACCCAGAAGGCAUGGCGGUGGACUGGCUGGGGAAGAACCUGUACUGGGCCGACACCGGAACCAAUCGGAUUGAGGUGGCCAAGCUGGACGGGCAGCACCGGCAGGUCCUGGUGUGGAAGGACUUGGACAGCCCACGGGCCCUGGCUCUGGAUCCAGCAGAGGGGUUCAUGUACUGGACAGAGUGGGGUGGCAGGCCAAAGAUCGACCGGGCGGCCAUGAAUGGCAUGGGCCGCAUCACCCUGGUGGCCAACGUGGGUCGGGCCAACGGUCUCACCAUCGACUAUGCCGAGCGGCGCCUCUACUGGACCGACCUGGACACCACGCUCAUCGAGUCCUCCAACAUGCUGGGCGGUGAUCGGGAGGUGAUAGCCGAGGACCUGCCGCACCCCUUCGGUCUCACCCAGUACCAGGACUACAUCUACUGGACCGACUGGAGCCUGCGCAGCAUCGAGCGGGCCAACAAGACCAGCGGGCAGAACCGCACGGUCAUCCAGGGCCACCUGGACUAUGUGAUGGACAUCCUGGUGUACCACUCGUCGCGCCAGGGCGGCUGGAACGCCUGCGCCUCCACCAACGGGCACUGCUCACAUCUGUGCUUAGCCGUACCCAUCAGCAGCUAUGUGUGUGGCUGCCCCGCACACUACUCCCUCAACUACGACAACAAGACCUGCAGCGCGCCGACGUCCUUCCUGCUGUUCAGCCAGAAGACGGCCAUCAAUCGUAUGGUGAUUGACGAGCAGCAGAGCCCCGACAUCAUCCUUCCCAUUCACAGCCUGAAGAACGUGCGCGCCAUUGACUACGACCCCCUGGACAAGCACCUCUACUGGAUCGACUCCAAGCAGAAUGUCAUCCGCCGUGCACAGGAAGACGGCAACCAGAGCAUGACCAUUGUGUCCAACUCGCUGGGCGGGCCCAACCUCGGCCUGCAGCCGUUUGACCUAAGCAUCGACAUCUACAGCCGCUACAUCUACUGGACCAGCGAGGUCACCAACGUCAUCAACGUCACGCGCACCGAUGGCACGCGGGUGGGCGUGGUGCUCCGCGGUGAGCAGGACAAGCCCCGCGCCAUCGUGGUCAACCCAGAGCGAGGGUACAUGUACUUCACCAACCUUCAGGAGCGCUCGCCCAAGAUCGAGCGGGCGGCGUUGGACGGCACGGAGCGUGAGGUCCUCUUCUUCAGCGGCCUGGGCAAGCCGGUGGCCCUCGCCAUCGACAACGAGGUGGGCAAGCUCUUCUGGGUGGACUCCGACCUCCGGCGCAUCGAGAGCAGCGACCUAUCAGGAGCAAACCGGAUCGUGAUCGAGGACUCCAACAUCCUGCAGCCGGUGGGGCUGACUGUCUUCGGGGACCACCUGUACUGGAUCGACCGGCAGCAGCAGAUGAUCGAGCGCAUCGACAAGACCACGCGCGAGGGCCGCACCAAGAUCCAGGCUCGCAUCGCCGCGCUCAGCGACAUCCACGCCGUGCACGAGCUCGACAUGAACGAGUACAGUAAGCACCCCUGCACGUCUGAUAACGGCGGCUGCUCUCAUAUCUGUAUUGUGAAGGGAGACGGGUCAACGCGCUGCUCCUGCCCCGUGCACCUCAUGCUGCUUCAGGAUGAACUCACCUGUGGAGAGCCGCCCACCUGCUCCCCGGAGCAGUUCCAGUGCAUGUCGGGCGAGGUGUACUGCAUCCCGCAGGCGUGGCGCUGCGACGGCUACGCCGAGUGCGACGACAACAGCGACGAGCACAACUGCCCCGUGUGCUCCGAGAUCGAGUUCCAGUGCGACAGCCGCCAGUGCGUGGACCUGGCGCUGCGCUGUAACGGCGAGAUCAACUGCCAGGACCGCUCCGACGAGGACAAGUGUGAAAUCCGCUGUGCUCCCGACCAGUUCAGCUGUGCCAACGGCCCGUGCAUCGGCAAGCACAAGAAGUGUGACCACAACAUGGACUGCACGGACAACUCCGAUGAGCUUGGAUGCUACCCCACAGAGGAACCGUCUCCCCAGCCCACCAACACCAUCGGCUCCAUCGUGGGGGUCGUCAUGGCGCUGUUCGUGGUGGGCGCUGUGUACUUUGUGUGCCAGCGAGUGCUGUGCCCGCAGAUGAAGGACGACGGCGAGACCAUGACCAACGACUUCGUGGUCACCGGACCCUCCUCCGUGCCCCUGGGAUACGUGCCACACCCAAACUCACUAUCUGGCUCACUACCAGGCAUGUCCCGAGGGAAGUCUGUCAUUGGUUCGCUAAGCAUCAUGGGUGGCAGUAACGGUCCACCAUACGACCGUGCCCAUGUGACUGGCGCGUCGUCCAGCAGCUCCUCCAGUACCAAGGGCACUUACUUCCCACCGAUCCUGAACCCUCCUCCGUCUCCAGCCACGGUGCGCUCUCAGUACACCAUGGAGUUUGGCUACUCGUCCAACAGUCCCUCCACACACCGCUCUUACAGGGUCUACAGCUACCGCCACUUUGCUCCCCCGACCACCCCGUGCAGCACGGACGUGUGCGACAGCGACUACACGCCGGGCCGCCGCGCCCCACACCACCACCGGCCCCCGACCGGCGUCAGUACCGGCGCUGGUGCCGCCUUCGCCAAGGGCUACGCCAGCGACCUCAACUACGACUCAGAGCCCUUCCCGCCUCCGCCCACGCCGCGCAGCCAGUACAUGUCGGCCGAGGAGAACAACUGCGAAAGCUGCCCGCCCUCGCCGUACACGGAGAGGAGCUACUCGCACCACCUCUACCCCCCGCCCCCUUCACCCUGUACGGACUCUUCCUGAGCCGGCACCUCCAACCCACCCCCCCACACACACACACACACCAACCCACCAUGCCUCACCUGCCACUCAAACGCCAGCCCUGGCCACUGCCAUCGCCUCACUGUACAUAAACCCCAAAUGGUGCAUCUUCAGACUUUGGUUUCAAAGAAGGACAAGAAGAAAGAACAAGUGAGAAGUGGGGUGAGUGAGAGGGGGGGGGGGGGGGCAGUACAGCGGAUCUGCCUGUCGGACUUGACGGGGAUUCCUGCAAAAGUGUGAGGACUGUAUGGAAAUAUUCAACAAGGAAAUGCGUAGGUUGGGCCAGGUGGAGCUGGCCAGACAUUUGUACAUUUUAAAGAGAGAAAAAAGAAAAACAAAAGCAUAUUUAUAUAUUUUCUAUACAGCGUUUAUUGGUUCUGCCAUAGAGGUUUGUAUUAAAAAGAAAUUUGUACACUUUGUUUUUUAUUUUGUUUUAGUUACAUUUUUUUUUUUUUUUUUUUUAGUUUAUUUUUCCUUCAAAAAAAGUUCUAUGGAAUCGUCACACAUGAUAACGUUGCCUUAAUCCAGGAAAUACAAAUGAAACUACCUUCUUUGGAGGCUGAAGUACUCAGAAGCACACGAACAGAGAAAAAGUCUGACGAGCGAGUUGAGAGAGGAAAGCUAACAAAAAUAACAAACAAACAAAAGAGCUCUGGAGCUUUUUUAGUAGCCUUUCUGAUACCAAAUACAUCACACACCAAUGUGUGCACCACCGGAGCGAGCAGGGAGGUAGGGAGAGGUGUAUUGGAGGGGAGAGGGCGCCCUCUGGAGUCAGCAGGCCCUUCCUACACCGUGCCAUUCUGCAACAGGGGCAGCCAUUUUGUCAGCAGGGUUGCUGUGUGAUGCAACUACCAGCUGGGCGAGCUGUCACUCAUACAUUGAGCGUCAGCAAGCAAGAGAUAAACUGCUUUCCCUUAUUAUUUUUUUUCUCCUAGUUGAUUUUAGAAGUUUUUUUUCCUCGUGAGCUGAUUUCUUUUUUUUGUUUUGUUUUUGUCCCACAGCCCUGCAAAUUGUCAGUUUCGGAGCAAUAAGUGUGAGCGUUAAGACGCUGCUUUGCCUGUGGAAACUGCCUGGUUCGUCUUUGGACUUGGGAAUUUGAAUGGAAUUCAAAAAUGUCAAAAUCGCCCAAGUUAGGAAAGACCAUAGGCAAGGCCACGGAGGAGGACAGCACCCUAUGGACUGCAUUAGUUCUCAAACCUCAAGACCGGCUACUAGUCUCAGUCCAAGAGCACACACCUGGUUAAGACUGUGUGUGAGUAGGGCGAUGAUGGUCAUUUUCUCCCAAGCAAUCAACCAAAACUUUCCUAGCGGUUUUUGUUUGUUUCGUUUCUUUUCUUGGUGUGUGUCGGAUUACAAAUAGUGACCUUGUGACUGUAGGCCAAGACUCAAAGCACAUCUCGUUCCUCACAUCCUUGUCCUGAUUGCUUUUUCUGCUGUGCUCACCUUGAAAAAAAAAAAACACAGUGUUUUUUUGUUUUUUUUUGUUUAAAUUCACCGAAUCUAUGAACAAGUUCUUGUGCCUGACCGGAUUUUAAAAGUUGUUUUAAUCAUGGGCUGUUUUUCAAGGAAAAAAUAGAAUGAAAAAGGCAAUCAGUGCCCAGUGAAAGAACAGAAAAAAAAACAUUUUAAUAUUUUUAUACCACAUAUUGUGUAGAUAUCAUAUUUAUAAGCUAUAAAGAAAAUCAUUGUAAAUCUUUUCAUGGUAUCCUUGCAGUACUUUCAGUUCAUAUUCUCCUCCAGUAUAUCCUGCAGUCUAUUUUUCUACUCAGAAAGGGUCUGUCUUUAAAGUAUGAAGACAAUCUGCGAUGGACCACUCUGUCAUGUUUUACAUAUCCUCGUUUGUCUGUCCUGUUGUGACCUACAACCUUACUGCAUGGUCAUCUGUCUGUCCAAGGGACCGCUGUGCCAAAACUGAAUUUGUACAAUCCUCAGACCAGUUUUGUGCUCGCUCGCUCACUCUCUCUCUCUCUCUCGAUUCGCCUCACCAAUCAUGCAUGUGUGAGUGGGUAAAUGGACAUUUCCAAGGGCCAUCUCUUAUUAUGGGACUGAUCUCUGAAUGUGGCAGCCUUUUUAUAAUUCUAGCAGCUGUGGCCCGUAGGUGACUGCAUUGUUUAUUGCCAUUGAACGGGCUGCAACACCUGAUGAGCUUUCGUACCUCUUUUUUUUUUUUUUUUUGUUUAGUCUAGUUUUUUUUUUUUUGUCCUCCGUAACUGGACUAAAUUAAUGCGUUGACCUAACAAUCGUGCCCUUCCUAUCUCUGCUCGCCGUUCCUCUUCAGUAUGUGGUUGUUGUUGUUGUUGGGUGUCUGUUGCGUUGUUUUUGUUGUUGUUGUUUCUGUCGCAUCUCCUUCCCUUGUCAGAUAUAUCAGCGUGGACGUUCUCCUCUGCUCUGUUCAGAGAGAGCUUGCCUUUUGGUCUCCUCUUGCUAUCCACUCCCAAUUCAACCUUUGCGCCUUUGACUCAGUCCCGUUAAGGGAGAAGGAGGAGGCUUGAUGGCCUAGCCCCCCCCCCCCCCCCCACCUCAGCCUGUGGGUCUCCCAGUAAUGACUGUAUCUGCCAUGUAAGGGACCGUUGCCUACUGCCGUCUUCUUGGUUGAGAUGAGGAACUGUGGAAGGGUCUAUUUGUCAUGAAGAAAGUAGGCCAGAGGCAAGCUUAAUGGUUGGAUAACUUAGAACAAGGUCAAGUCAAGGGGCCUUGGAAUGCUUCUGUGUAAUUUUUUUUUGGUUAUUUUCUUUUUUUCUUGUUGUCUUGAGACUGGUUUCUCAUUGGUGUAGGAGAAGUCCUCGAUGUGGCCAAUGUUUUUUUUUUUUUUAUUAUUAUUAUUACUGCCUCUGCCUGCCUAUCUGCCAGUCACCGGAGUUUUAUUUUGUGCGUUUGUGUAUUUCUCUUUUGUUGUUUUUCCUCAGCUGAAACAUCCACGUCACUAAGUUUUGCUGCUGUCGUCAACACCACCAAAAAUGACUCCAGAUCAGUUUGUGGUACAAUCAUUAAUGUAAUGUGUGCGUGUGUAGACACCCUCCCCCAACCCCACCCCUGACCCUGGUGUCCCUUUAAAAAUGUCUGUUUUGCAAGGGCUUCUGGGUAAAACCUGAGAGUCACUGGUCCAUCGACCACAGUCUGAUCAAACCAGCAUUGCCGGGAGAGGUUCUCAUUUUUCCUAAAACUGCACUUUACAGGAACUCCUGCUUAAUUACAGGUACAACGAAACGCAAAACUGAAAGAAUGUGUGUGUGUGUGUUGAGAUCAUGUGUGUGUGCUUGCUCUGAUCGUGUUUGUGUGUGUGUGUGUGUGUGUGAGAGUGUGAGUGUGUGUGUGUGUCUUUUUAGAGUGAGAGACCGAAAUCCCAUCAAAGUGCUGCCAACUUUUUCUCUUGGAUGUAUGUAGCAUGGUGUCUGCGAAAUGAAAUGUAUAUACACACAAACACAAAAAAAACUGGCAUCCAAAGGUGUGAAAUCAUAUCAGGAUAGAGGCACUGCAUCCUGGGGGCGAGCUGAUUGGUUGGCUCUUUUCAGCUUCACUGCUGAAUUAUGUCAAAAUGGAGUGUAGCAUAGAAUCAUAUGCCUCUUGGGCAUCUUCACAUUAGCUUUUGGAACUGGACAAGUAGAGAAGGGAAAAGGUGGCAAACGGAGUGCUGAAAACUCUUGGAAAGCUCGUAAUGGAAGUGAGUGUUGACGGGAUAAGAAGCGAGUCGCCACGUAGAAGUUGUUUCGCUGGAGUAGCCUAGCUGUGGGUAAACCGUAAAAAAAAAAGCACUUUUGGCUCCACCUAGUUGGGAGAGCUACAAUGGAAUCCGAUGGAGGGAAACGGGAGAAAUAAGUCUGUUUCGAAUCGAAGAGUCGGUCACUCAUUCAUUUUUAUACCAUGGUGCUUUGCAAGGAUGUUUUUUCAAGAUGACCAACAUUUGGUUAGUCAUGCAUUUAAUUUCCACUAACUAUUUUGUACAUUGAUCGCUUUACAUGUAAAACGUUGUAUAAAACAGACUUGUACAGCCCAUUCAAUAACUACUAUAAGCUGUUGUAACAAAUGAAAUGUUGAUUUUUUUAAUAAAAAUGAGUGAACUUUUAAGAUG